CCAAUAUUAUAUAAAUACCCUUUCUUGGAAGCCAAAGUCUCCAUCUUUUCUUCAAUCCUACCCACAAUUUCCUAAAUUUUUUAUACUUCGCCUUCUCCACCGGCAGGAUUUCGAAAUUUGAAUUUGUGCAGUGAUAGUGGAAUGGCGAAGAGUUCAUUCAAGCAGGAGCAUGAUCUUGAGAAAAGGCGUGCUGAGGCUGCUCGGAUUAGGGAAAAGUAUCCAGAUAGAAUUCCGGUGAUUGUGGAGAAGGCCGAGAGGAGCGAGAUCCCCAACAUUGAUAAGAAAAAGUACCUUGUUCCAGCUGACUUGACUGUUGGACAGUUCGUCUAUGUUAUUCGCAAGCGAAUCAAACUUAGCGCGGAGAAGGCAAUCUUCAUAUUUGUCGAUAAUGUCCUGCCGCCGACUGGGGCAAUAAUGUCGGCCAUAUACGAUGAAAAGAAGGAUGAAGACGGGUUCCUAUACGUAACCUACAGUGGGGAGAACACGUUCGGGCAUUAGAUCGAUCGAUUUGUGCCGUAAAAUUCGAAAAGUUUUAUUUCUGACAAUUAAUAAAAAUAAAAUUGAUUUGGAUUGAUGGAUGGUCUUGUACAGGAGGAUGAUACAUUUGUGUAUAGUCUCUGAACCUUUUAACUGUGGAAUUCUGUCAAAGAUUUCAACAUUUUAUGGUAAUAUGAAUCAAAUAAUUAUUUUCUCA